ACACGGGCUUGUGAGGGAUGUCUUUCGCAAUUUUUUUUCUGUUGUCUUGUUUCCCGGCGAGCAAUGUCGGGAUGGAUUGUGCUCCGCUAAGAGGCCUCCUCUCCGGAUUAAGACAGCUAUGUUGUUAGCUCGCUAGCCCGGGGUUCAUGUGUCGAGGACUGGAUGAAACUGCCUAAAUAACUAGGAGGAACUGUAAAUACCCACCAGACACGGUCUUUAACCCGGGACCAGCCUCACAUAGCCCCGUUAGCUAGCUUCACCCCGUCGGCUCUGUGUCCACCGUGUGGUGUCCGCGUUAGCAUGCUAGCGGCUAACAUGAGUCUAUGCUAGCGAGGACAAAGGGACCCGAGUACAAACAGCACCAAGUCGAUUUUUCUAUUUUGUACAUACAGAGUUUUGUAUAUACUGUAUAUGAUGAGCUCGCUGGGCAGCGACAAGGCCCGGGGCCCUCGAGAAAAAGCGCUGCCUGCUGCCACUCAAGCAUCACAACCACAGAAACAGAUACAGGCUACUGCCGAGCAGAUCCGGCUUGCCCAGGUGAUCUAUGACAAGAAUGAUGCUGACUUUGAGGACAAAGUUAACCAGCUGAUGGAAGUUACUGGGAAGAACCAGGAUGAGUGCAUGGUAGCACUCCACGACUGCAACGAGGAUGUUAGCAGAGCCAUCAACUUUCUCCUGGAGAGCACCUCAGACAUGACCUCAUGGGAGACGGUAGGGAAGAAGAAGCCCCUGGUGAAGGAGGGUCCACCAGACAGCAAGGAGAACAAGGAAAACAGGGAGAAGAAAGGAGAGAGGGAGGCUAGCAAGGGCCGUGCGGCAGCCAACCGCAAGGGCAGGGGGGCCAGUCGCAGUCGACAGGCACGUCCAGAGGAGAAUGGAGUGGAGGUGACACCAGUGGACAGAGGUUCAGAUCGAGGUCGGAGAGCCAGAGGUGCUGCCCGAGGUUCUGGAGGUCGAGGCAGAGGCAGAGGACCACCAGUGAGCCGGUUCUCAGCCCAGGGCAUGGGAACCUUCAAUCCAGCGGACUAUACCUCAGAGGCUAGGUCAGGGGCCACACAAACCGAGGUGUGGGACGGGGCGGCCAGCAACAGCACAGAUGGGACAGUUACCUGGAGGGGCACCUUGGAAGAUUGGGCAUCUGAGGACUGGAGUGAGGAUGUUAGUCUCUCAGAGACCAAAGUGUUCACCUCCUCAUGUGCACCUGCUGCUGAAAAUCACAUCACACCUGGGCAAAGUCUGGACUUAGCCUCCCUGCUGCAGAAGCCUGUGGUUGGAGGAAGAGAGCCACCUUCGUCCUCUUCCUCUCAGAGUCUGGUCUUCACUAACUCCCACCACCACCACCAGCCAAUGCAACAGCAGACGCUCCCCAGCCGCAACCCCACCAGUAGCACUAGCUAUGCUCAUGCUGCUCUGUCGUCAGUUCUGGGAGCUGGUUUUGGGGACUUGGGGCAGGCCAAAAGGACUCAGCCUAGCGCUGGAGCUCAGAUACUGGAACAGCUGAAGGGCCCUGGCUUGGGUCCGCUACCUUCAUCCCAGGCGGCGCCUCCUGCCAGCACCCAAGGAAGCAACACUUCCAUUUGCCGACUGCCCGGCCUGGGAGCACCUGUACCUCCACCCUCCUCAUCUAGCUGGGACAUAAAGGCUUCGGAAUCCAACACCACCUCGCUGUCCUCGCAGUUCAGCCGUGAGUUUGGCCUGCAGCCAGAGCCUUCUCUGGUGCUGAGCCAGCUGGUUCAGAGGCACACCGGCCCCUCCUUGCCUCUGGCACGUCAACCCAGUCCUCCAUCGCAACAAGCGCCCCCUGCUUCAGCCUCGCCUGCUCCCCACCACGCCAGCACGGCGGCACAGUCAGGCCUGGUGAUGGCUGCUGCUGGUGCUAAACCUCCUGCCCCUGGCGCAGGGCUGGACCCUCAGGGUGGCAGUACAUCACAGCAGCAACGGGCACAGCUCAAAGGCCAGAAACGAAGGAUACCUCCAUCAUCGAAGAUUCCCUCCACAGCGGUAGAGAUGCCAGGCUCGGCUGACGUCCCCGGGCUAAACCUCCAGUUCGGGGCUCUAGACUUCGGCUCGGAGUCGGCAAUGCCGGAGUUUGGAGUCGUCGACAAUUGUGCGAUGGCAGCGUCCAGGGAGUCCACACCGGCCCCUGCACUGGCAUCGCCUGCACCGGGACCAGGGACACAGAGCCAGACAAGCCUGUACUCCAAACCACUCAGUGAGUCGCUGGGCAGCCCUCUCUCGGUUGCCCUUCCUCUGCCUCUCUCCUCAUCAGAGCCAGUAUAUCACUCCUCUAUGCCGAUGGCCAGCCUCACUCCCUCCUCAUUAGGGACUGCCAGCUCCUCCAACCCACCCUUAUGUUCUUCGACAGCCUCCACCACAUCAUCCUCCAUACCCUCCUCCUCUCACUUCUCCACAGUGGGGGGAAGUUACGACGGGACCAUACCCCAUCACACACGACUCGCCUAUUCCCAGAGCAAAGAGGUCACAGGACCAGUCAUGCAGAAUGGUCUGAAUGGUGUACGGACAUCUGCUGCUCUAGACGCUUCAUCAGCAUCCUCCACACCGAAGCCACAGUCACCGUCUCUGAACAUCAGCACCAAUGGUGCCUCAGCACCCUCCUCUCACUUACCCAACAGCCUGCCUUCACACAGCUCCACAACACUCUCCAACAUGGCACAGGACAUGCCCUCAGCAAGCCAACUCAACUCACUCAACAGUCACAGUCAUGUCAACAAUCAUUCCUCAGUGUCAGCUCUGGGCUCCAGCUCUCUCACUUACACCAGUGUUGACAACAGCGGCAUGAGCUCUCUGGCUCCUUCCACUGGCUCCUACACGUCAUCGCAUCCCUCAACACUCCACUCGACCCACAUCAGCAGCAACAGUAGCAGCGGCAUCAGCCACCUGGCCAACAUGCACAACAUGGGCAACACCAUGAGCAGCACAGUCGGUGGUAUUGUCGGCGCCAGCGUACUUCACUCUGCUGCCAUCGCCGCCAGCACAGCGCUGGGACUUGGCUCCAAUGGAGCUACUGCCACAUCCAACCUCCCUGCACCGAGGACCGCGCCCAUGCUCUCUAACUCCACUGGUAAAGCUCCUCCAAAUUUAUCCCAGGGAGUGCCUCCUCUACUGCCCAGCCAGUAUAUCAUGGGCCCAGGGGGGCUGCUGCCAGCAUACCCGCAGAUCUAUGGUUACGAAGACCUCCAUAUGCUCCAGUCCAGACUGCCAAUGCCCUCUUUGCAGGAUUACUAUGGAAUCACAUUCCCUGGCCCCGCAGCGACUCUCUCUGGUAGAGACGGGAGCCUAGCCAACAACCCCUACUCAGGUGAAGUCACAAAGUUUGGCAGGAAUGACUCCACCUCCCCAGCACCCCCCACAAGCCUGUCGGCCCAGCAGGCUCCCCAGGGCCAGAGCCAAGGACAGAGCCAGGCCCAGCCUCAGCCUCCCCAGGCUCAGCCUCAGCCCCAGGGCCAGCCGCAGCACCACAGCAGUCAGCAGGCCUUUCUGCCUCCGGGCUACAGCUACACAGGCCUGCCUUACUACGCCGGGGUGCCCGGUGCCGUACCCAGUGCUGCUGCCUUCCAGUAUGGCCACACCAUGUUUGUUCCUCCCGGAGGCCCGGGACCAGCCUCGGCCAAGCAGCACAGUAUGGGCCUUGGUUUGGGAAACCCCUCGGCUAGCCCCUUCCAGCAGCAGACACAGCAGCAGCCCAGUGGUUAUGGCCAGCACGCCUUCAGCUCCGGCUAUGAGGAGCUGACAGCGGGGCCAGCAGGAGUGGACUACAGUAAAGGAUACAACUCCUCCUCACAGGCACAAGCCAAAUCUGCUGCUUCUGGGCCCGGGAAAGGCGUCUCAGUUACAUCCAGUAACUCCGGUGUGCCAGACAUCAGUGGAAGUGUUUACAAUAAGACCCAGUCUUUUGAUAAGCAGGGUUUCCAUGCGGGGACACCUCCUCCCUUCAGUCUGCCAUCAGCACUGGGGGGUCCGGGGCCUCUGAACCCUGGAGCAGCUCCUGGAGGCUAUGCACCAGCCCCAUUCCUCCACAUCCUGCCUCACCAGCAACCACACUCACAGCUGCUGCACCACCAUUUAGCUCAGGAUGGACAGGGUGGUCCUAGCCAGCGUGGCCAGUCCAGCAGCCUGCAGCAGAAGAGCCAAGUCAACAAGUCGAGCUACGGCAGCUCCCCCUACUGGGCCAACUGAGAUGGCUACAUCUUCGGUGUGUGUGCGUGUGUGCAUGGACACAGGCACCAACACGCAGCACCACACCUUCGUAUCUGACUGAUGAGAAAACAGAGGGACAAACCAUUUUACAACACAAGCUAAAACACACACUACCAACCCUCUCCCCUUUGCUCUGUAUAUCCCCUUUUCAAAUUUAUGGCUGUUGUAUGUAAAAUAUAUUUAUGUAUGUAUUUAUACAGUAUAUAUGUAUUGGUAGGACAUAAAAAUGUGGUUUUCUGCAUUUUGUUUUUAUUUUGAAGGACAUUUUAUUUCAAAAAAAAAAAAAAAAAAAGAUGAAAAUGAGAAUGCUAAAUCAUGGAGAUGAAGUUGGUGAAUAUACUUGAACACAAGCAUCUUGUGAUGUGGAUUUUUUUGUAUGCAUACAUUAACCGAGAAUGAUGUACAUAAAUUCUACACAUCAUUUUCACGGCAAAAGCCUUUUUUUAUUUUAGAAGAAAUACGUUUUUGUAACUUUAGUCUCCCGCAUCUGUGAAUCCUUAUAUUGAGGGUGACUUGAGUUGAUAGCUUGACUUUUCUUUUUACCCAGUUUCCCUCCAUCUGUCUCUCAUUCCUCAACUCUUACUAGUUGGCUGGUGUUACCAGCCAGGCCUUGGAUUUGAUGUAAUUUUAACAUUGGUUUAAUCCUUGUUGUCCAAAUUAAACGUUCUUAACAGUUUAUAUGGGUCUGGAAUCAAUACUUAACAACCACAUUGUUUUUAUGGAUACAGACCCUUGAAGUUUGAUGCACACGCAGAAUCAUACUAAUCCUUUAUGAACCAAACUGUUCCGAGUCUUACAAUGCAGUAUAAUCAAGGCCAUAUUAAAUAUAAGCCUACUAAGCAACCAAAGGAUGUCAUUGUGCCAAACAUGUUCAAGAUGCAGGCAGAAUGGACGUCAGCACCCUUGGGCACAAAGUACUUAAGUUGUUCAGGCUCCAGUAGCAAUAUAACUUCUAAGUAUCGAUAGUAUUAAUAUCUGAUAAACCAGUAACUGUUACAUAUAAUACCUAACACAGCAGGACCGGAUUAGGUUUUUUUUUUUUUAAAGAAUACACUAUUUUGACAAUUUUUAAGAUCAGCUACAAGGAGUGAAUAAAAA